AUGGAUUCCGACGACGAUUCAAUUGAGGCGCUCUCAGCACCUCCGCCCGACCACAAGCUCCUCAACCACCAAUACGACUCCCUUGACGACUUGAUAGAAUACCUGCACGACUUCGCGGCUUCCGCAGGCUUCGAUAUUCGCAAGCUUCGCUCGUCGAAUAUCGUCAAGGAUUUCGGGCCAACUUACGUAGCGAUUUGUUGCCUGCGCGACAAAGUCCGUGAGAGUAUCGCUCACUCGCGCCAAGUUUCCACCAACAAGUGCGACUAUCCCUUCAGAGCAGUUGCCAAAGCGCUAGCUUCCAACAACCGCAAAUGGACCUUACAAAUCGUCAACGGGCAUCAUGAGAAUCAUCCAGCGGUCGAAAAGGAGGGACUCAACCGCAGAUUCAAGCCAGAGCACAAGGCCUUUGUGGUAACCUUUACCGAUCACCUAGCAAUUUCGAACCUUGGCUCCAUGGCAUUGUCCCAUAACUUGGUGCGAUUUUUGGGGUGA